CCCCCCAAGGAAUUCAAGGUGUGGAAGAGCAACGCCGUGCCCCCGCCGGAGACCUACAGCCCGCCCGAGAAGAAGCCCCCGCCGCCGCCUGCCCUCGACAUGGCCAUAAAGUGGUCCAACAUCUACGAGGACAACGGCGACGAUGCACCCCGGCAGGCCAGCAAAGCCCGGUUCCUGCCGGAUGAGGAGCAGGAACACCUAGAAUCGGAUGGUGAAAAAGAUGAUGAACCAGCUUCUGCUAAGAAACGUAAACUAGACUCUGGGGAGCAGACAAAGAAGAAGAAUCUAUAA